AUGAAAUCAAUAGUAUUAAUAUUACUUGGUUUAUUAUUAACAAUUGCAUUUGUUUCAGCUCAAAAUUCUGAAGAGUUCAAUGAUGCAGUUGCAAGAGGAAGACCACCUUAUAGUUGUCCAGGUAAUUGUGGAGGUGAACAUACUUGUCAUGUAAAAGAUAACAAAUGUUCUUGUUAUGACCAUGGACAUUAUAGAGAAGUUUAUUUAGUGUUCAAAUGUAUUAAUAGUUGGGUUGACUGUGGUAAAACUUACACUCAAUAUGAUGUCACAAUUGUAAAUCCAACAAACUGUAAUAUUUUGGAUAUUUAUAUUGGUUAUGAUUAUAGUUUCAGAUUAAGAGAUUCAAGCUCACUUUGGAAUAUGGUUCGUAUUUCACCAGGUGUUAUGACUCUUCCAUCUUAUCAAGAAUCAAUCAAUGCCCAUGCAUCAUACACUUUUGGUUUCAUUAUUGAAGGAAAUAGACAACCAAAUUUAAGUAUCCUUUAUAUCAGAUUCUAA